AUGGCACAAUUCAUUCCCAACAUCACCCCAGAGUCUCUGGCGGAAAAGGUCAUCCUAAUUACUGGCGGAGCAAAUGGCAUUGGUGCCAGCCUCGUCGAGCUUUGCUGCAAUAACGGUGCCUACGUCUGUUUCGGUGAUACCGCGGCACAUGCAGGUCACCAACUCGCACAGAAGCUCUCCGCAUCGUCUACUUCCAAGCCAAGGGCAUUAUUCCACCAAACUGAUGUUACGGAAUACGAUUCCAUUUUGAAUCUCUUUGAUGCCGCUCUGGAGACAUAUGGACACAUCGAUCAUGUCGUCGCCGCGGCCGGAAUUCAAGAGAUUGGCAAUUGGUUCGACCCCGCAUUGACACUUGAGGACGUUCGAGAGCCCGCGACUACGAAGGUCCUGGAUGUCAACCUCUAUGGCUGCCUCUACGUCUCGCGCAUCGCGAGCGUGUACCUCCGCCAAAACCGCCCACCGAACACAGACCGCUCCAUCACCCUAAUAUCCUCCAUCGCCGGCUUCAAAGAAUCUCCCGGUCUCUUCGUCUACCAAGCAUCCAAGCAUGGCGUUUUAGGCAUUCUACGCUCUCUCCGCCAAUACCUCCCGUUCACUCUACACCAACUCCGCAUCAAUGCCGUUUGUCCCUGGAUGACCACCACGGGAAUGGUGAAGGGGAUCCAGGAUGAUUGGGUCAAGGCGGGUCUUCCAACAAACUUACCUAUGGAUGUUGCAAAGAUUACUGCGGGGUUAGUGGUAGAUGAGAAGUUGAAUGGGACGUCAAUGUAUGUUGAGGGUGGACGAGGUUGGGAGAUAGAGGGGAAUUUGGAUCGGUUGGAGCCGCAGUGGCUGGGAGAGGAGCCGUCUAGGUCUUUGUCAAAAGGGCAGGCUGUUCUAGGGAGUGGGAGUAAUUGGACUAAAUAUUGAUUGGUGUUUUUUUAGUGGAGUUGCUUGCGCUACGAUAUUAUCCAGUACGAGUACCGGACCGUUGCUUUUUUAAAACGGCUUCGUGCUCAAUAAAC